GUUGAAUCAGUUGCUUCCAACUCGUUCGUCAGAAAGGACGUUCCUCCCUGAAACUUGGUGCAAAUUUUGAAAAUAAGGAGUUCAAAUUUUAAGCUGAUCUGAAAAUCAGCUUUUUAUUAUCGUAAAAAAGAUUUCGAAGCAAAUUUUACAACGCGAUCGUGUCUUGGAAGAUCGUGAUUAUCGAUCGAAGAUUUCGUUUUUACGUGUGUUUUGUGCUUUGGAGUAUUAUCCGUGUGCUAUCUUCUGGGGUGUAUAAGAUCAAAGGAAUUAAGAAGUGGUAACGAUCGGAAAUUGGAUAUCAAGUGUCAUCCUUUUGGUGCAUGUUGAAAGGCUAAGCUGUGCCAAGAGAAAGGAAGCUGUGGUGAAGUCCUACAAGGGACGAUCAGUUUAUUGAGUGAAGGUAGAUAGAGAUUGAAGAACGAAGAUCCUGUUCGGAAAAGGAAGAUCAAUUUCCGGUGCAUUUUAAAAGGAGGUUUCAGUUGUUGUUUGCCACCCAAAAGCAAAAGACCAAUGGUGGUUUGAGUGUUUGUUAGAACAGAUCUGUUGAAGGAAAAAAAGGUUUUAAAACCCACCAAAAUGGUACGUAGUCUAUCGCAGUGGACCAAAACUUUGAGUUUUCCGGCACGGAUUUCACCGAACCGUAACUCUAAGGAGUGCAACGUGAACGUGCUGCCGGUCACGCCGCCACCGGUUGCAAGUGCGGCACCUCCUGCGCCCCCGCGGAACAAAUCAACUGCCAACGGAACGGCGACCUGCAUCUCGACAAACUCGACGGCCUCGCAUUCGUCCAGUUCAUCGACGCACUCAUCGCCCUCGCCUCCGCCCAACGUGCCGAUCACGGAAAUCAGUCAAAUUAUCUACCCGGACCCAGAAUCGGAAAAGGCCAUCAUGAGCUCGCUGGUGUUCUGCAUCCACCACAAGCAGGGCUGCAAGUGGUCCGACGAGUUGCGCAAGCUAAAGGCUCACUUGAACACCUGCAAGCACGAUGCAAUCCCGUGUCCCAACAAGUGUGGGUCGCAGAUCCCUCGAGUGAUGAUGACCGAUCACCUGGCUUUCACCUGCAUCCUGAGACGUGCCAUCUGCGAGUUUUGUAACGUAGAGUUCACUGGAAUCGGCCUAGAGGAGCACGCUGGAACGUGCAGUUCGGAGCCGAUCUACUGCGAAAGCAAGUGUGGCGCACGGAUUGUGCGAGGACGCAUGUCGAUUCAUCGGGCUAAAGAUUGCUCUAAAAGGCUGCGCCGAUGCCCACACUGUAGUCGCGAGUUCAGUGCUGACACUCUUUCGGCUCACGGUGCUACUUGUCCCCGCAGUCCUGUGCCAUGCCCUCAAAGGUGCGAAGCUGGUCCUUUUGCGAGAUCCGAUCUAGAAGCUCAUCUACGGGAUGAAUGUAAGGCCCUUUCCGUGCCAUGCACAUUCAAAGAAGCUGGAUGUCGCUUCAAGGGUCCACGUCAUCUACUCGAAGCUCAUCUUGAGUCCAAUACAUCCGCCCACCUUUCCCUCAUGGUGUCUCUUUCUGGACGCCAAGGUCAACAAAUAACCAUGCUCAAGAACGCCAUGGCCAAGCUCAGUACAAACUACACCGGAACACUGCUUUGGAAGAUCACCGAUUGGCAGGCCAAAAUGAUCGAAGCCAAAAGCAAAGACGGCCUUGAACUAGUCUCUCCACCAUUUUACACCAGCCAGUACGGAUACAAACUGCAGGCAUCCAUGUUCCUCAACGGAAACGGGCCAGGAGAAGGAACCCACAUGUCCGUGUACAUAAAAGUCCUCCCUGGAGAGUACGACGCUUUGCUGAAGUGGCCGUUCUCCCAUUCAGUCACGUUUACCCUUUUCGAGCAAGGAACCCUCGGAAGCCAAGGAGGUGUUGCGGAGUCCUUUGUACCCGACCCAUCGUGGGAAAACUUCCAGCGGCCAUCCCUCGAACCCGAUGCGCUUGGCUUUGGCUUCCCUCGGUUCGUUUCCCACGAGCUGCUGAACCGGAGACCGUUUGUCCGCGAGGAUACCGUGUUUCUGCGAGUCAAAGUUGACCCCAGCAAAAUUGUAGCCGUAUAAACCUUCGAAGACUCCUAGUUACUAAGCUUAAUCCCAAACGAGAGAACAAUGAACUGCAUUUACUUUAAAGUUCGCUCCCUGUACAUAUAGAUUCGGCGAACUGAACUUUGUAGAUAAGCUCAGCGGGGUUGCAAAGGUCAUGUUUGUUUUUAUAUCGUUCAUUUUCAAAAAUGGUUGAUAGGUUUAAAUUCUCAUAACAAUCGAAUUUUAAUCUGCGCUAGUUUUCUCAAAUAGUCUAGACUUCCUCCAAACUUACACAACCCCGUUACUCGUCUACUCACCUGUACAUAGAACAUAUCAUUAGAAUCGCAUAGUUCAUGCUUGCGAUUAACAACUGUACACAACAAUUAAAAAUCAAACCGCCGAGCGAUAAACCAACGAUAAAAUCAGCUUGAAAAUCUCAACUCAAAUUGUUUAAAAGCUUGUCUUAGAAAGCUAGAAAUUACGAAUAACGAUUCGUUUUCUCACAUACGAUAGCGUAACCUUAGAAGUAAAAAAGUCGUUGAAAAAGUAUGUUUUCAUUUAUUCUGUCAUACGACCAACAUACGUUCGUUACGUUUUUUUUUUGUUUUCCUUUAAAAUGUACUCAGGAUUAGUUUCGUUUCCUGUUUCGGUUGGGUAAGCGAAUUUUCUCACCCAAUUCUCAUAACAGAAACUACCGCUGGAAUUAUGCCAAAGUUUUGUUUGGAUGGCUUUGUGUCGAAAAGGCGUUUCUAUGAUCAAACUGUUUGUUCCUCAGAUCCGCCAGCAAAGCUUGCAUCGUCAAUCAAAAAAAAAAAAACGUCAAAUCUCCUAACGGAGGUCGAUAAAGUUUGGAUCAUUUUCUAUCCCCAAAUUGAAAUUCUUUCCUACGAUAAAGAACAAAAAACGAAGGUCAGAAUAACUAGCAAUGUAAGUGAACCGUUUUCGAGUCAUUAGGUUAGUUUAUUCUGUAAGCGGAUAGCAACAUAAGUAACCACGUGUCUUUGAGCACAAAUACGAAAGCACAAUCGAUUCUCGAGUUCUGUAAAAAAAAACGUUACAAUCGUGAAAGGUGCAGAUCGUACAAAUCGUGUAAAGUAUAUCAUCUAAAGCUAGGAAACCAUUUCACAAUUAAUAAAAAAACAAACUUUGUAAUAAUUAAGGCAUAUUUAACCACACAAUCAUUAGACAUUUAAGGUUUAUCUCUUCCGUCAUGGUUUGGCGGUACUCACAAAAUGUGUCCAAAAAUCAAAAUACUAAAAUACAAAUUUGAAAAUUAA